AUGGCAUCGGUUUACACCUUGAGUGUGAUAGCGGCGUGGUACUUAAGCAACGUCUGCGUCAUCCUCUUGAACAAGUACCUCCUGUCCAACUACGGAUUCCGAUAUCCCGUCUUUCUCACGAUGAUGCACAUGCUCAUGUGCGCUUUACUUUCCAUGGCAGCCCACGCGUCCGGGGUUGUGCGGAAACAGGCGAUCAAGGGCAGGACACACGCGAUCAAGAUUGCCGUCCUCGCCGUAGUCUUUGUCGUGUCGGUGGUUUGCGGCAACAUCUCGCUUCGAUUCAUCCCGGUGUCGUUCAACCAGGCAAUUGGCGCUAUCACACCGUUUUUUUCUGCGCUACUGUCCUUGCUAAUCACGCGGCGCAAGGAGAGCACAAAGACCUACAUAACCUUAGUACCGAUUGUCCUUGGGAUCAUAAUCGCGUCGAAGGCUGAGCCGCAGUUCCACUCCGUUGGUUUUGUGACUUGCCUCUCGGCUGCUUUCGCGAGGGCUCUGAAGGGUGUGCUGCAGGGUUUGCUGCUGACGAAUGACGAUGAGAAAUUGGACUCGAACAACCUGCUAAUGUACAUGUCCCCGGUGGCGCUGUUCGUGCUCGUCGCCAGCACCAUUUUCAUGGAGCCGGAUGCAUUCGGCAUUUUUUACCAAAACUGCCUCAACUCUUCAAGAUUCGUCUUUAUACUGACGCUCAACUGCAUCCUGGCCUUCAAUGUGAAUCUAACAAAUUUUUUGGUUACCAAGUGCACAAGUCCACUCACAUUGCAGGUGUUGGGAAACGCAAAGGGCGCGGUCGCAGUGGUGGCGUCUAUCAUCGUGUUUCGGAACCCCGUCUCAAGCUUCGCCAUUGUUGGUUAUGGCAUCACGAUCGCCGGGUUGGUGACGUACUCAAAUGCGAACAGACGGGGGAAGAAGGCGGCCAGAUUGUGACUUUUUUACUACUAGCGUGGCACAGCUUUAAAGAUUUGCGGGCGUAAAAUGUCAACAGUAUCCAGCUGCUAACAGGGUUGUACUAACUGUUGGGCAUUUUCACUGUCUGUCAAAUGCACGUUUUCGCAGUCACAGACAAAUUAGCAGAGCGCCUGCUUCCCAGUGCAAACGGCUGUGCUUGCAUAUUGAUGACCCGCUGCACUCCUUGAAGCUAUCGCGCCGACUACCGUGCUUGCAGAACUUUGCCACUCUCGGGUAAUUUAAAUCCACUGUGCGAACUGCUUUCCCAGCCUCCUUCCUAUGACAGGGUGUGCUCCCUCCUGGUGCAACGGCCUGGUCACGCGUCGUUUGGAUGCUUGCUUUUGCUGAAGUGUCUGGAGGAGUGCUGGCAGUCCGCGCAUUGAUAGCAUGAAAUGUAUCACGCUAGCAUCGUGCACUGCAUUUCCUGCGAAGCGGCGCGCCCCAAACAGCCGCGGGCACGCUGACAUCAUCCCUUGGCAACUUUUUAAUUAGCGUGAUUACUCUUAAGAACUAGAGCUAGAGGUGUCCCUCUGCUCUGUGCUGACAAUUGUGUUCAUUACAAGGUCGGUAUUAGCUCCUAUGAACACGCGGCUCGUACCUGGGUGUUACGCCGAUAACUAGAGCAUGGCCCAUGAGAGCCGGGUCCCUUCUAGGGUCCUCUUCUCGCCAUCCGGUCUCCCUCAUGCCUGCCGUUGUCGUAUUUAUUUUCUUGUCACAAAUAAAUACCUUCGUACCUUCGAGGGUACAUUAUUGGAUCUUGAAUUAUUAUUAUUCCAAAAACCCCAGUUUUUAUUGGGGAAUGGUGACGGAGUUCGGCUGCUCACAAAAUUCGUGAGCACCGCAUGUACAACCCGUGGCGAGCACCGUGGUCGCGAUCGUUAGCGACGGUCGAUCCGGCGACCCUUUGCACGAGCGAGGUGAUAAGCGCGACGUGCACGAGGGCGAGGUUGCGUAGGUGGAUUCGGUUGCGGAGCUCGGUGGGCGGGGUGAUGGAGUCGUAGAUGUCUUGCGUUCGCUUGUUGAUGUUGGCCUAUGCUCGGUGGGCGUUGUGUGCGGCGAAGUCUUUGAUGAGAUUGAGGAACGGUUUGCCCAUCCGUCCGUACGUUGCAAGUAAGUAAAAGGAACUGCAAUCAAACGAUCUUUUUACUUGAUUGUACCUUGCUUCAUUAUUCACCAUCGCAUGGCCGAUGUAUCGGUACCUUGCACGGCUCGGCUGUACAUCAUUUACGCCCAUAAGUGUCAGAAUUGACCAGCUUGGCGAACCCGACAUAACCAGCAACUUCUUGCAAUUCUAUAGAUCUCGACACUGAUGAUGUUGCGAUGGUUGCCCUUCUUUUGAUGCGUCUACCGAAGCCGAUUUUGUCUUAAGAAGAGUGUCGUUGAUUUUGCUCUGAACAGGCAAGGCUGACAGGGGACAAAUUUGCAGAACAGUAACUUUGGACAAAACAGUGUGAGCUACUUC